AUGGAAUCCCUAAUCCAACAGCUUCUGUCUAAAUUAAACCAAGGGCAAUUGCCUGAUACGCCAGCGACAGACGUUAUUGGUAUCGCUGAGGCGCAGGUACUACCGGAGAUGCAGCUGCCGAAGCUGCAUCCUUAUAACACGGAUAGCGUCGACGGAAUGUGUACAAUUACGUUUGCUGAUGAAUACUUUCCAGGGUACUUUGGACCCUCGUCCAGCUCGGCUUUUUUCAGUAGUAUUAUUGAAGCGACAAGAAAAAUCCAUUUUGGAGCGGGCCCGACUGUCAGGCGCGCACAGGACAUCUCAAAGCCACCGUCUCCUCCAACCGAAGGACUCCCGGAGGGUCACAGUAGCGAGUCCACAACUAACGGCUUUCUGGAUCCUUUCUAUCUUCCUUCAAGUCAGGACGUAAUGAGCCUGGUGGAAACAUUUUUCGCCAACACGGGUAGACUGUUUCCAUACUUACAUUUAGCGACUAUCGUUGACUUCAACGCCAUCUCAAGGCCGGUAGACCCAACCCGGGUCAAUCGAGCGCACCUGUGUGUAUUGAAUAUGAUUAUGGCUUUCGCCUCCAUUCACUCCCCGUCCAACUCGUCGAGCAUCGUCGACAAGCUAUCGCACGGAAAGGUAUUUUUCGAUAGAGCUCUCCAUUUAUUAGUUCAAAUGAGACCUAGAGAUCCGACACUGGAAUCAGUUCAAGCCGCGUUGUUAGUGGCCCAGUACGUGCAAGGGACGCAGCGAUCGGCUCAGACAUGGAGUAUCGCCAACUCCGCCAUACAGGGCGCCUUUCAGAUAGGUCUCUGGAGGCAACCCACUGUUGACGACCUCGAGAUGGGACCAUUGGAAGCGGAAGUGCGCAAGCGCACCUGGUGGAUGUGCUAUAUGAUAGACAAGUAA